GUCCUUCUGGGUGCUACAUAACUCUACUUAAGGGAACCGAUUGCUCGCUUUUCGUUAGCAAGAAAACAGCCGUUAAAUUACUUUAUUUUUAAAAUUUAAGAAACCAAAGCGGCUCCUGAUAUGAAACUUUCGACAAAAUAAAACCUAAAAUGGGUGUAUGGAUAGUUUGAGAGGCGUGGGGGAGACAUGUAGGUAAGCACAUUACCAAAACGUGACAGAGAAAAGGUUGUAUAACGAGUGACUCUGACCAACCGCUUCGCUCCAAUCCUUCCUGCGUAUUCGUGUGGGUGGAGAUGUUGACAAAGAAAGGACAUCUCUGCAUGGUGGAUAAAACAUUACGAGAUACUACACAUUUAUAGGACCUACUCGACCUUACACGUGUCGGCGACUUCGCUUUGGGCAGUUCGUUCGUAAAUAUUUCCUUUUUUUGGUGCUGGAGACAACUUGGAAACCCAGCGCGUCUUUUACUCUUUUUUUCCCUGUAAGCUAACAUUAACGUUGCCUUUGACGUGGCUUUCCUCAGAUAAACAUGCGUAGAGGUUUCUCCCACGCCUCCCGUAUUUGGAUGUGAGACUACUUCGUUUGAAACAUCUCCCCCGACUACGUUUUUUGGUUACGGCUUUGCUCGUUAUGUUUUCUAUUGACCGUCGCCAUUAAGUUGUGCGGUUGCCCUGCGGUUCCUGUUGCCACCUUUUCAUCCUCUGUGUCACACAUGCGGCGACUACUCCUCAAGAGAACCAACUCAAUGGACAAAUUCAUGGAGCAAGGUUAAGGUCAGACAAACACUGCACUUUCGGCUUUAAAUAAACGACAGAAAACUCCUCGGAAGUGAACGGACCCUGGUCAUUUUGCAAUUAAAAUUACAGCCCAAAGAAGGGGCGUCCUUUUUGUUAUUAGUGGGAAUCCCCCCUCGUCCUCCUCACCCACCCUCCAGGCCAGGGAACACACACGCAAAACAGACGACAUGGUGGUCAACUCCAUUCACUGGUUCAGGAAGGGACUGCGGCUCCACGACAACCCGUCUCUGAGGGACUCCAUCCGUGGUGCGGACACCCUGCGCUGCGUCUACAUCCUGGACCCCUGGUUCGCAGGAUCCUCCAAUGUUGGCAUCAGCAGGUGGAGGUUUUUGCUGCAGUGUUUGGAGGACUUGGAUGCCAGCCUACGCAAGCUCAACUCCCGAUUAUUUGUCAUCAGAGGCCAGCCCACAGAUGUCUUCCCUCGUCUUUUUAAGGAGUGGCAGAUCAGCCGCUUGUCAUACGAGUACGACUCGGAGCCAUUUGGCAAGGAACGUGACGCUGCCAUCCAGAAACUAGCCACCGAGGCAGGCGUAGAUGUCAUGGUUCAGAUCUCACACACCCUCUAUGAUCUGGACAAGAUCAUAGAGUUAAAUGGUGGGCAGCCUCCUCUCACAUACAAGCGCUUCCAGGCCCUCAUCAGCCGUAUGGACGCUGUGGAAAUGCCCGCAGAGACUAUCACGUCUGAGGUCAUGAGGAAAUGUGCCACACCCAUCAGUGAAGACCAUGAUGACAAGUUUGGAGUUCCGUCUUUGGAAGAACUUGGGUUUGAGACGGAGGGUCUGUCCACAGCAGUGUGGCCGGGGGGAGAGACAGAGGCCCUCACGAGGCUAGAGAGGCACCUGGAGAGGAAGGCAUGGGUGGCCAACUUUGAGCGUCCCCGUAUGAAUGCAAACUCCCUGCUAGCCAGUCCCACAGGCCUCAGCCCCUACCUGCGCUUUGGAUGUCUUUCCUGUCGCCUCUUCUAUUUCAAACUCACUGACCUGUACAGGAAGGUCAAGAAGAACAGCUCUCCGCCUCUCUCCUUAUAUGGCCAGCUGCUGUGGAGGGAGUUCUUCUACACAACUGCCACCAACAACCCCUGCUUUGACAAGAUGGAGGGAAACCCCAUGUGUGUCCAGAUCCCCUGGGACAAGAACCCUGAGGCACUGGCCAAAUGGGCUGAGGGGCGGACGGGCUUCCCCUGGAUCGAUGCCAUCAUGACGCAGCUGAGGCAGGAGGGGUGGAUACAUCAUCUGGCGAGGCACGCUGUGGCCUGCUUCCUCACCAGGGGAGACCUGUGGAUCAGCUGGGAAGAAGGCAUGAAGGUGUUUGAAGAGUUGCUGUUGGAUGCAGACUGGAGUGUGAACGCCGGCAGCUGGAUGUGGCUCUCCUGCAGCUCCUUCUUCCAGCAGUUUUUCCACUGCUACUGCCCUGUGGGUUUCGGGAGACGUACAGACCCCAACGGAGACUACAUACGGCGCUAUCUGCCCAUACUGCGGGGUUUUCCUGCCAAGUACAUCUACGACCCUUGGAACGCCCCGGAGGAAGUGCAGAGGGCGGCCAAAUGUAUCAUUGGAGUCCACUACCCAAAGCCCAUGGUGCACCAUGCAGAGGCCAGCCGCAUCAACAUUGAGCGGAUGAAACAGAUUUACCAGCAGCUCUCCUGUUACAGAGGACUGGGACUGUUGGCGUCAGUACCUGCCAAUCCCAACAGUGGCACAAAUGGAAGUAACGCUGGAGGAGCGAAUACAGGGACGGGCACCUGUCCGGCAGCGUCAAAUGAAGACCCUGCCAUGCAAGAGGGAACCUCUCAGACAGGUAGAGAUGGGUUCACGUCAUCGUUGGCUCAGACAUUUCUUUUCACUGUACCACAAACACAGCAGACAAGAUAUAAGAUAUCACUCCAUUUAAGUGUUUAUUGUGUCUCUUAACGUGCAUCCUCUUGAAGACUUUAUGGCGUUAAUAUUUUAACAGUGCUAGAAAUUCUAAAUUAAUCCCACCACUCUUGGCCUACAUAAAGGCUGUUUUGGAUCAAAUCAAAACUGUAUAUCAUACGAUGAGAUUUUCACCAUUAUUUGAAAUCAACACACUGAAGAGGAAAAGAUUUCUACAUGAGACUUUUUCACUUGGCAGUCUGACGUGUGUGUGUGUGUGGUAUCAGAUUUAGCGCAUGUGAUACACCAGUGCAUUGAAUAAUGGGUGUAACUGAAUUACUUUUGUCCCACCCCAGUAAAUAAGCAACACCUAAUACUAAGAGCCGCCAGACAGGUUGCACAGUGAAGUAGGAGGUUUUCAUCUAUCAGUGACAGUCAGUAAGCGAGUUGUUUCAAAUUGCUGUACUGUUAUUGGGACAUAUUUAGUCAAUUAAUUGAUUAGUCAGCUGACAGGAAAUGUAUCAGUUGUGCUAUAAUUUUGAUUAUUAGAGUUGUGCUGAUGUGUUUUGCUUAAUUCACUCUGAAAAAAGGUUACACAAGUGACAAUUUGACAAGUAGCCACAUCACUUUGGGCUUCCCAUCAGCUGUUGUCAUUAUUCUUAACACAGUAGACUACCUGAAUAAUUGAUUAAUCCUCCCACCAAAAAAUCCAUAAACCAAUCAACAAAGAAAUUCAUUAGUUGCAGCCUCAGUGUAUUUUGUAGUAAUGUGCUUCAU